AAAAGGAGGGAGAGAGAGUGCACUAGGGCAAAGCAAUCAGAAGAGCUCAAGACGUUUGGCGCUUGUAAUAGGACAGUGUCCUCGCCCAUAUCGACCCGAAGGAGAAUUUUCAGCCCCAAUCGAUCCCCAGAAAUAACCUGCAGGUAUAUAUCGAACGUAGGCUGGUCGAUUGCUCAGCCUCUUUGUGCUUAACAAGGCCCACACAACAACGCGAUGAGGUGGCACAAGGAAGGCAACGUCUUCAAGCUGCAAGUGAACGUGGCGCCAUUCGGAUCUACUGGUAUCAAGGUGUUUAUGACACGAGAGGGGGAUCUCAUCAUUCACGCCGGUCACGACGAACAAAUGGAAGACGACGGAUACAUCAGCAGAAGAUUCGAAGGGCGUAUCGCGAUACCUAUGGGAUUGGAUGGAAAUAGCAUUCAUUCAUCUCUUUCACCGGAUGGAAUAUUGUCAAUCUUUGCAAAAGAAACAGCCACCCAUUACGAGAAAAUUAUUCCAGUUUUUCCAGCAAAUCCGCAUCGUCACCUAUCCGACCACCCACGUUGUUCACCUGGCGGUCCCUAACUUGCCUAUCGUCUUCAAAUGUUCCUCCAUAGAUCUUUGUAAUGAUAGAACGCCAUUCCGCUAUUACACACAUUCAAAUUCGUA